AUGGUAACGCCAAAUUUCAUCAAGGAGAUCCUCAAAUGGGUGCGGGCUGGGUCACCAAAGCUGAGGCUCACAGGGACAGCCUUCCUCAGCCAGCUGAAACACCACUGGACCCUCAUCCUGGACACCCUGGUCCAAGCCUCCUUCGUGCCAUCUUCAGAUAAGCUAAUGACAGAGGGCAUGAUUUCUCUGGCCAAGGUCCUCAGCCAGUUAGGGACCAGUACAGGGCCUGUCAUUUUGGCUGUGGGGACGCACAAGGAUGAUGCCCUGCGCAAAGCCUCAUUUGCCCUGUUCGCCACCUUGGCAGGGUGCCUAAGAAAAAGAUGGCACACUUGGUAUAAAACCCAGGUGAGGCAGAGCUGGGCAGCGCUGCUGCUGCACCUGCAGGACCCCAACAAGGAGGUGGCCAAGGCAGGAAGUCUCCCCGCAUGGUUUACUGAGCGGGAGACAGGGGUCAGCUGCAGGUGGCACCUGAAAGGCAGGAGAAGUCCUCCCUUUGCCCACCGCCUCUCCUCUGUGCCUAGUGCCAGGCUCCUCCUGGCCAGCCCCUCCUGUUCCUGGCCUGGGCACAGUCGUGGGUCAAGAGGCAAGCCUUGGGCUCUGCUCAGCAGUCAGCAGGGAGUCCAGACCUGGUGUGACCGUGUUUUUCAGGAGUGCAGAAGAGCUGUGGGCCUCUGUUGCCCUUACCUGGGGCUCAGGAGGGUGCAGGGAGUCCUGGACUUUUAUGUGCAGGGGUCAGGAGAGGUGCGGGUCAACGUCCUGCUGCGAGACCUUUGCAGGCACUUGGUCAAAGAAAAACCGGCACUCCUGGAGGGUCUGUGCUACAGGACCAGGAGGUACUACACCAGCUCCUGGCCAGACAUCCGGGCAGCAGCAAUAAAUUUUACCGGCAUCAUGCUGGAGUACAGCAGCCCAGGGACUACCAGGUGGCUGAACAUCGCCCACUUGCAGAGCUCUCUGAGGUCUCUGGAAAAGGACUCAUCACCACCAGUCCAAAUUGCGGCCACCCAGGUCCUGGAGGCAAUCUCGAAAAGCCCUUGGGGAAGGGUACAAUCUCCAGACUCAAACCAUGGGCGUACUCUGCCCCGUAUAUUUUCUAUGUUUUGCUUUGGGUGCCUGAGGCCCGGCACAAACUAAGAGCAAGCUGCUACACGUGCAUGUGUGUGCACACGCACGAUUUCUGUAAAUAA